AUGAUCGUUCUGAAAUUCCUGUCGUUGGCGACAGCCGCCACUUUUUUCUCAGAGGAUAACUGGGUUUACGGAACGGCUGUAAAUGGACAAGAAAUUAGUGGAGCCGGUGGAGAAGGACCUCCACCGCCAGAAGACGAUGAAGAUGAGGAUGGGGUUCCGGACUCCGGUGCAUCUGGUGACGCUGUUGUGAACACGGCCGAAAGAGCCGAAUGCUGGGAGCAAUUGCACGAGGCCCGAAGCCUUGUUGGUUUCCCUGAAUUCACGCCGGCGAAUAUCCUCAAAAUUACUGACAAUGACUGGACCAGUGGGCAAAGAGGAAAUAUCACCACACUGAAGGAGUACCUGGCAAAGGUCUGCAAUGCCAUGAAAACAAACGAAGCGCCUGUAGACUUGACCCCCAAAACCGAAGGCACCUUCGCCUACGCAAUUCAAGAAGGGGAAAAUGCUGACUGCAAGGCUGCGGUGGACUACUGGAAGGACGCCUUCACCAACUUCAACGGGGAGUUGCCUCCAGCAUAUGCAGCAGGCACGAAGCCUUACGACAAUGCUCAAAAUGUUUCCUUCAUUUCCCUCUUCAAUCCCCAAGCAAGUCCUAAGGUUGACUGUGCAUACUUCGUCUGCCCUGCAGCAACACAAAAAUCCAAAAGCAGUCAGGACAGCACAGAGACAGACAAGGACGUGAAAGCGCUGAUUUGCGUUACGACCCCCAAUGCAUUGACGGAGAGUCAAAAACCCUUUACGUAA